AUGCAAGCAUCAACCAAGCUGCGGCAAUGUCUUUCUAUUCGAUCUCCAAAGAUCGGCAUCUCGAUCAAGCAACACAGAUGUCUCGCGAUACCCAGUUCCCCUGAUCGACAACCUUCGCCGACGCCUUCACCUCGAACGUAUCCCAAAUUCCCUACCGAAUCAUUGUCAUAUCAUUGGGACACAACUCCUCCAACGCCAACUCAACUCAGUCAUGCGUCCAAAUUCUUCAAAAUGCAGCCCCCGACCUUCCUCUGGUCUGCUCCAAAGUUCAAAACCAUGGACUUUGGUGAUAGCCCAGAAGUCUGUUUCCUUGGGCGGUCUAAUGUUGGAAAGUCUUCUCUGUUAAACGCACUCUUAUGCAAGAAGAUUGCACAUACGAGUUCAAAACCGGGCCGGACAAAGCUUAUGAACGCCUUUGCUGUUGGGGGCCCAGAAGAGGACGGAAAGAACCGAUUAGUGGUGUUGGAUAUGCCUGGAUAUGGCAAAGGUGGAAGAGCGGAAUGGGGCAAAGAAAUUCUCAAAUAUCUGUCGAAAAGGAGGCAGCUCAAAAGAGCAUUCCUGCUCGUCGACGCUGAGCAUGGGGUCAAGGUUAGCGACCGACAGAUCCUCGCCCUAUUCAAAGAGCACGAAGUACCAUAUCAGAUCGUUUUAUCAAAAGCGGACAAAGUGCUAUUCCACGGAAGUAGAACUCCGGGUCAUGAUGCUUUGACUAGCAGGAUAUCAGAGUUAAGGAGGACCAUGGAAAAAGUCAGGGAUGCAGUCCAACCAGAUCCAGAGAAUGAUGAUGAACACGCAUUUGGGGAGGCUAUUGCAUGUAGCUCCGAGAAGUGGAUCGAAGGGCAUAGAAUGGGUAUUGAUGCUGUCAGAUUUGCUAUGCUACAAGCUGCUGGGCUGGAGCUCCGGCAGAGAACGCGUUUAGCAAAGCCAGUAGAGAUCAUACCACAUGACCAGAUUUUUGGUUAA